UUACCCAGUGUCACGAAACCCAUCGGGUAUUCGCCACGGGAAAUUAGAUACUCGCAAUAAAACAUAUAACACAUUUUAUAAUAGCUUCAAACUGAAAUGAGGAAUAUUAUAUAAAUUAUAGAAAUUAUUCAGCGAACUGGUAAAUUGCAUUAGGUUUCUAGAACCAUCAAAUAGAAUGAUACCUUAAUUCAAUUAAAACUAUAUGAGGAAUUUCAAGUGCUGAAUAACGGAUGGAAUAUUUUUUGAAAUUGUUUUAAUAUUAUAUAUAUAUUAUUUUCAGUAAAAAAUAUUUAAUUCAAAAAAGGAAGUUUUAUUCAGAAUCACCAAAUGGCUAUUCAAUACUCAGAAAAACACACUGAUAUCGUUAACAUCAAUGUUGGAGGAACAAUUUUCGUCACUACCAUGAAAACUCUAAAAUCAGUCCAAGACACUCGUCUUUCCGGAAUUUCAACAAAUUCAGCGGAAUUCAUUGCCGGUCAGAAUAUGUAUUUCUUUGACCGAAACCCGGAAUUAUUCAGUUCUGUGUUAGAUUUUUACCGCACGGGUGAAUUGCACUUACCAAAGCAUGUUUGCGGGGCGGCAAUAAGGAACGAACUUGAGUUUUGGCAAAUAUCGUCCAGCAGCAUUUCAGACUGUUGUGUUCCUAGUUUAUUUAAAUUUGAAGACGAACUUGAAGUUACCAACAAUCUUCGACGCCAGUUUGAGACAAAAAGUGUAGAUUAUACCAGAGAACAACUGCAGAGCAGCAAGUGGAACAGAAUUAAAAGCGUAUUCUGGAAUGUUAUGGACAAACCCAGUUCAUCAAAACUAGCAAGAUCCUACAGUAUUCUAUACAUGUUGUUUGUGAUGGUGACGUGUGUGAUUUUCAUCCUAAGCACCCACGAAUAUUUUCGGGUUCCCAUCAAAGACCAUGUGAAGAUCAAUGAGACACAUUCCGUUUCAGCGUAUACAUAUCUAUUGAUGCAACACAACAAUAACCCUAAGGUGGCGCUUCUUGGAUCAUCAGAUUUAAGGCCGAGUUUGUACUUUCUAGACAAAGUAUGCGCAGUAUUUUUCAUUUUGGAAUUUUUCAUAAGGUUUGUGGUAUGUCCAAUCCGGUCGGAUUUUUUGAAAAGCUGGCUCAAUAUUGUUGAUCUUAUUAUAGUUUUUGCGUUGUUGUUAACAAGCAUUAUGGAGUUCUUUCAUGACUUUUACACAAGCAAGGCGUUGCUAUGGUUAUUUCUAAUAGGGAGAGGGGUCAUAAUCUUAAGACUUUUACGACUAUUUCGUUUUGCCAAACACUUCAGUGGGCUAAAAAUUCUGUACUUAGCUUUAAGGGCAAGCUUCCAGGAGCUUGGACUACUUUGUCUCACCUUUAUUAUAACAACUUCACUUUUUGGAGCACUUGUCUUCUAUGCGGAAUUCUACGAGCCUACAAACUUUGAAAACGUUCCUAUUGGAAUAUGGUGGGCGAUUGUAACGUUGACAACUGUAGGAUACGGUGAUUAUUACCCAAUUACCGUUCCUGGAUAUUUCGUAGGGGCGCUUUGCGGUAUGUGCGGAUUACUUCUGCUUUCUAUGCCUAUUGCAAUCAUUGCCACAAAUUUUAAUGACUAUUAUAAUCAGAAUAAAAUCAGGGAAAAGCAGAUUAAUCGGAAAAAAGAUAUCUUUAAUAAAAUCAAAAAGUUAUUCAGCAAUAAAAAUAUUGUAAAUGUGAUUCACAUGGAUGGAAUACAGGCAGGUAGUCCAAAAUGCAACGGGCGAGCAAGAACGCCACGUGUACAUGAGUUGGACCCUGCAUCAGAAACCGAGCCCACAACGACGACACCGAGAGAGAUUAAUGUCGCUUUUAGAAAGGCCGGUGCAAAAGUGCUUGCAUCAAACAGACAAUGAAGUAAAGAAGAGAAAACAUUUUUAUAAUAAUUGCUCUUUUUCUUAAUCAUCCUUUUUAUCAUUUCAAUUCUUAUUGUUAGUCAGUUAAAAUUAUUAUUACUACGAGGGUUGUUCAAAAAUACCUGAGAAAAUUAUCUAAUAUCUAUUCCUUGUCCUUCUGCUGAAUUUUGAAAAUAUGACAACUCAGAACAUUUUAUGUGAAUACUUUAAUUAAAGCUUUCAGAAACUGAACAUAUCUGAGGCAACGUCAAUACCACCACAAAGGCGGCAAAAUGUCAUUAUAACGGUGUCAUCGGUAUAACACCUGGUUACCAAUGGUUAAUUGUUUCUCGCGACUGAAUAAAUUUUCUAUACCUUCCUACAAAUAAACCAAAACUGUUCAUAUAAUAUUCCUAUGGUAUUUAUGAAAUCGGACACUGAAUAUUUUAGAUUGCCAAAACAUGACUGAACGUUAUUAUUUCUGACGCCUGAGUCAAUUUUGAACUUCCAAUACCACUUAUAAAAUGUUGUUUCCUUCAAGGUGUUGUAAUUUAUGCAGCAUGAUAUUUGUCUUUUUCUUUGAUUUGUUUAUUCAAAUCCAGAAUGUUAUCGGAUAUACAAACAAAUCAGCUUUACAUGGAUAGAAGCCUUAGAUUUGUAAAAAAUGCAUCUUAGCUCCAUUUUUACCGUUUUUCUAAACAAUAGAUUUAGUAAUAUGCCGUUUAAAUUUAAAGGAGUUUGAAUAAAGGUUUCUUGUUUUAAUGUGAUAUUUAAAUCUUUAUGACAGAGAUUAAUGCGUUUUAAUAUUAUAAUGUAAAUGUUUAUUAACCAAACUAUAGAAAUGGCAAUGUUGAUUAAAGUUUUC